UAUGUCAUUCUCAACAUUUCAAAGCUAAAACAGAAACGAAUCAAGUCCAAUAAAAAUAAUGGAGUGUGUUGUGUCUGAGUUAGAAGGCAGGCUUCUGAAGGACUCCGAUACUUUCUGCUACUUCAUGCUGGUAGCUUUCGAAGCAUCGGGUUUGAUCCGUUUCGCGUUGUUGCUGCUUCUGUGGCCAGUGAUUCGGAUUCUGGACAAGGUUGGGAAGGGUGACAUGGGGCUGAAGGUUAUGAUAUUUGCGGCGGUUGCGGGUGUUGGUGAGUCAGAUAUAGAGUGGGUGGCGAGGGCGGUUUUGCCCAAGUUCUUGAUGGACGAUCUGGAUAUGGAGGCGUGGAAGGUGUUGAGCUCGAAGAAGGAGAAGAGGGUUGUGGUGACGAAGAUGCCCAGGGUGAUGGUGGAGAGGUUCGUGAAAGAGCAUUUGCGCGCUGAUGAAGUGGUUGGGGUUGAGCUCUGUGUCAAUAGGUUUGGUUUGGCCACCGGCUUGGUUCGUGGUGGCUCCAUUCAUAAUGUUUCAACCUCUGAUUGCAAGUGCAUGCAGGAAAAGUGCCACAAUGAACACCAGCUGCUCCGCCCACUUCCAGUGAUCUUCCACGACGGCCGCCUAGUGAAGCGGCCAACACCCUCCACCGCUCUCUUAAUCCUCCUAUGGACGCCCUUAGGCAUUUGCCUUGCCAUAAUCCGCAUCAUCGUUGGCUCCCUCCUACCCUUUUGGGCCACCCCUUACGUCUCAAGGCUCUUCGGCGGCAAGGUCGUGGUUAAAGGAAGGCCACCGCCACCCGCCUCCCCUGGAAACUCCGGCGUGCUCUUCGUGUGCACUCACCGUACCCUCAUGGACCCCGUAGUCCUCUCCGCCGUGCUCCGACGCCAAAUCCCAGCCGUCACAUACUCCAUCUCUCGCUUAUCAGAAAUGCUGUCGCCAAUUCCAACGGUUAGGUUAACAAGAAUACGACACGUGGAUGCGGAGAAAAUCAAAGAAGAACUAUCGAAAGGCGAUUUGGUGGUUUGUCCAGAAGGAACAACAUGCCGUGAACCCUUCCUUUUACGGUUCAGCGCCCUAUUUGCAGAGCUAACUGACCGGAUAGUGCCGGUGGCCAUGAACUAUAGGGUAGGGUUCUUCCAUGCAACUACGGCUAGAGGAUGGAAAGGCUUGGACCCUAUUUUUUUCUUCAUGAACCCGAGACCCGUUUAUGAGGUUACUUUUCUGAACCAGUUGCCGGUUGAAGCCACGUGCUCUUCGGGUAAAAGCCCGCAUGACGUGGCAAACUAUGUGCAGCGGAUAUUGGCCGCCACGUUAGGGUUUGAGUGCACAAACUUUACUCGGAGAGAUAAGUAUAGAGUCUUGGCUGGGAACGAUGGAUCUGUGUCGUCUUGCACUUCUUUCCUUCAUCGGAUCAAGAAGGUCAUCACCACCUUCAAACCGUUUUUACAGUAACAUUUUGCAUUGCUUGCAACUUAA